UCCAGACUUCAGGUGGAAUUGUGACAGUGGAGUUUCAGAGCUGCCAUAAACAGCACUGGUGUAGCAGGGAUCUGUAAUGGAUGAAGAUGUCAAACCAUUUACUCCUGAGAAAACCAAGGAAAUUGUGAUGUCGCUACAGCAACCUGCAGUCUUCUGUAACAUGGUUGGCAACUGGCCAGCCCUGCACUGGAAUGUGAAAUACCUUUCUGCUGUGUUGGAGGGAAAGACAAUCCAGUUCAGGCUGGGCUUGAAGACAGUGGAUUUAGUUCCCCAGUUUGAAACCAGUUGCAGCUACGUGGAAGCUACACUUGAGGAGUUUUUGGCUUGGAGUUUUGGGCAGCCUUCUUGUCUCUCUGGACCAUUCAGUUGUUAUGAUUACUCCAAAUACUGGGCUUAUGCUGACUACAAGUACAUUGCCAGGAUAUUUGAAGACAAGCCAGAAAUAUUCCAGGAUGUAAGGUGGUCUGACUUUGGUUUUCCUGGAAGAAGUGGAAAAGAGAGCACACUGUGGAUUGGUUCUGAAGGAGCAAACACCCCCUGCCAUUUGGACUCCUACGGCUGCAACUUAGUGCUGCAAGUACAAGGAAGGAAGAGAUGGCACCUCUUCCCACCUGGUGACACCAGUUUCCUUUAUCCUACCAGGAUCCCUUAUGAGGAAUCCAGUAUAUUCAGCAAAGUCAACAUUGCCAACCCUGAUCUGAAACGCUUUCCCGAGUUUAGGAACUCAACAGCCCAUGUUGUUACACUCAGUCCAGGACAGGUCCUGCUCGUUCCAAGGCACUGGUGGCACUAUGUGGAAUGCAUUGAUCCUGUCACUGUCAGCAUUAACUCUUGGAUUGAACUGGAUGCAGAUCAUGAAGCCCGUGUAGAAGAGGCCAUAACUCGAAUGCUGGUAUGCGCCAUAAAAUCAGCAGAAAAUCCCAGUGAUGGAGAUCUCUGGCUAAAUCCCACGGAGGUUGAGGCAACAUCCCAUGAAACCAAUCUUCAGUACCUGAAUAAAGCAGUGUCUGCAUACCUCAGGUGUCAGGAGACAAGUGUGUCAGGACAGGCACGUUCCAGCAGCACCGGUGCAAAGCAGAGGACAAAUACGUCAUGCAAGAGGAAGAGAAGGGAAGCUGGCUGUGAACCAGAGAGCUGCACAUUACUAACCCAGGAAUGUGACUUUCCAACACCCAAAGCAGAAGAGCUGCAAAAAAUACCUUUUGGGCCUCAUCUUAUUCAGGUUUUACCACAGUCUCACAAAACCAGCAUGAUGGGUGCAGUUGCAGUUGAAAGUGACAGUGGAGAUCUCUGUGAAAAUGAAGGAGAACAUUUUGGAAAAUUACAGUGCGAGAGGAAGAGAUUGUUAAUGAGUAAUGACUGUGAGACAGCUGCACAUCAAAUGGAUUCAGACUGCAGUCCAUGCACCUCACAAACAGCCCUUUCUACCAAUGACUUGUUAGACUGUCUGGUUAAUCCUCGUGUCAUCAGUUUAGUGGCUCAGCUGCUGUUGGAGAGAAUGAGAGUGUGAUGCUGGAGUGCUUUAUCAUUGCUGAAACAGAAAUCAAACAGCAGCCUUGUUCUGCAUGUUUAAGAUCUGUAAUAAUUGAAUGUUCCAUUUCAAGUAAUUUUUAGGUACAGAUAGACACAGUUAAUGGUUAAGUGCAGGUUGAAGUUGAGCUGAAAGAAGAAUAGCUUGUUAGUGAUGUCUGGGAAGAGAAAGGUGUGUUUAGUCAGAGAGCUGCUCAAUGUUAUGAGAGAGCACACACAGUCACACUCCCACCGUGCUGUGCAGGUGGGAUCUUCACAGUGUUCUACAGCCCUGAGCUGGAAAACAAGUAUGGCUUGAUGCUGGAUAGCAGAGGGAGUGCUGGGACAUGGUCCCAGGGGUGGGAGCAGAUAGAUUGACUGACUGUAGACUGCAGUCCUUGGCCACAUUUGAAGUAAAAUGGUCAGUAAGCAAUCAGUUGAUUACAUUAGAAAUAAUAAAUUCAGGUAAACCUAAACCUCAGCCAAGAGACAAUGCACUCACUAAUGCAUUUACUUCCUCCCUUCCACUAAAUAACUUCAGUUGUGUCACAAAGCUCUAGGCUGGAGUGAGACAAAAGCCUUUAGCAAGAAAGUAGCCUUUAGUUAGUUCAGAAACUCUUGAAGGUGGGAGAAUAAAGGCAUUGGGAAGUUGUUGCUAUUUUUUAUUUAAAGCCAGAUGUGCACAGUCCCCAUCUCUAAGAAACAGCAAAACAGCUAUGACUUUUUACCUCUGUCCUUCUCUUUACCAUAACAAUCAAAAUGUAUUAAUUUUAUUUUUUUUGAUUGUAAAUGGUUGCUGUACAAGAUCAUCCUUUCUUCAAAGGAUAGUAAUCCUUGGAUUUGUUUUUGAAGGUUGGGUUGUUCUUUGAUUGAAAAGUUAGGGAACGUGAAAUAUAGGCAAGAAGGUUUGUUAACUCUGUAGCUAUACCUGGAGACUUGAACAAAAUCUGGGAAGAAAGCUGCUGGCACCUUCCAGGAUGCUCUCACCUCCUCUGAUUUCUGUUUGUGGUGGCAACAGAGGCAUUUUCCCUAACUGCAGUUUCAAGAGACAGCUUCUGCUCCUGUGAAACCUUUACUUUUAAAAUGUCUCCUUGCUUGUGUCUGCUGGAGACCAAGAAACCAGUUUCUAUCAUCAGCCUGUUCCCAUAGCCCUAACCUUGCACCACCAGCCCUCCAGCUGGUAUUUCCUUUGUUUGCUGUGUGUUCCCUGCUAAAUACAUGAAGCUAGUGCUGUUUCCACAAUGAUCACCUUCCACUAAUUUAUAGUUGAAAAAUCCUGAUUGCAAAGGUGCUUUCUCUCUGCUUUUAUUCAGAUUGCAUGUUGGCAGGGCCCUGAUGAAUUAUGGUAAGGGCUUUAGAUAUGCACCAGGAGAUUAGAAAUUCAGGAAACCUUGCCAUUUCAAAAAUCUCCCCAAAAACCUAAUACACUUGGAAGAGGAUUAAGUUGAAAAGGCACAAAGGUUCACGUUUAACAAGAACAGAAACCUUACCCUGAUGGAAACAGCUGUGUAUGUAGUUUGCUGGAGACCCUGGCUUUGAAGAAUGGCUGUGAGUUAGCAGCAGAGGCCACACGAGCUCCAUCUCUCACCCACAAAUGGGCAGUUUCCAGUGUCCUGCUCUGCCCUGGUAAUUUGGCUCAGACCCUGAUAACACCUCAGCAAUGUGAGAAAAUCCACUGUUCUUGUUUCAUGUUUCUACACCAAAGGGUCUCAGUGGGGUUGCACCCUUGCAACUAGACCAGAAUUUAAUAAACAAUCCUGUUGAUACA